GAAACGGUUGUGCGCGCUCUCUUUGCCAACGUAAGAGCAUAAAAUAGAGUGAUACUAAUGUACAAGUAUAUCGUACAUUAUUCGUUCAGCACAUAGAACGCGACCCAUGCGCUGAUAAAUCUAACAAAAACAUUGGAAACGCCAGCGAGAAUCGUUAAAAGCGUUUGGCCCAGCCACAAAACAACACACGCAACAAUUUCGAAAGAAAGCCAGUCGCUGACUAGCAAAGUGGCUAGAAAGAAAGUAGCCACUUAUACAAAGUGCAUUAGAAAGUUCUAAGUUGGUCAAAAUAUCAAAAUAUCGCAAAUAAAACAAUAACAUUUUGGAAGUGUGUCAAGUCGCAAAGUCGCUAAAAAAAAACGAACCAAGAAAUUAAAAUUCAUGCGGAAUUCUUGGAAUGCAUCGUUAAAUUAUUAAAUACGCAAUGUGCAACAAAACUGUGCAAAACUGUUUGAAUAUCAGUGUUAAGAAUUAAAUAUGUCGAUUGUGUGCACUUUGGAGCAGAAAGUGAAUUUUUUUAAAGCGGCUGCAACAGGCAAGAAUUUGUUGAUACUCAAGAACAACAGCAGCAACCAAAUUUAUUACCAGGAUACGCGCAACAGCAGCAGCAACAUCGGCAACACCAACAACAACAACAACAAGUCACAAUUUUUGCGAUCAGAACACAACAGCAAUAGCAACAACAGCUCAUUGCUGCAUCAAAGCUACAACACUAACAACAGCAGCAGCCAAGGGGCUCAUCUCAGCCUCAGAGAGGAGUUUUUAAGGGUUACAGCACCUCGCGGCAAACUUCUGGCGCCAACGGCAAUGCCCGAAGUGCUCAGCGGCACGCCCACCAACAGCCACAACAAAGCAAACAAAUUGGGCGCAGGCAGCCAAUUGGCCAACAAUUGCAACAACGGCAGCAGCGGCGGCAUCAUGAACAACAUCCGUCUAACCACCAUCUCGCCAACGCUGUCCAUGAACGGCAGCUCCAACGAGUCCACAAAUUUGCACACGAUGUCCAUGUACGGCGGCUCCAUCAGUCCACAGUCGAACGACAGCGGUCACAGCGGCAUGUCCGACGGCGGUCUGUCCAAAUUCGUGCCCAGCAGCUUCGCCAAUGCUGGCGGAGCGUAUGGGGACGCGGUGAUGGGCAAGCCACCCUCACAGAACGGAGGCGGAGCUGGCGGCGCCCAGUCGGCUCUGACUGCUGCCCAGAAGGAGCUCUUCUCGCAGCGCAAGCAGCGCGAAUUCACGCCGGACAGCAAAAAGGACGAGAGCUAUUGGGAUCGGCGGCGACGCAACAACGAGGCCGCCAAGCGAAGUCGCGAGAAGCGACGCUACAACGACAUGGUCUUGGAGCAGCGAGUCAUCGAGCUGACCAAGGAGAACCAUGUGCUUAAGGCGCAACUGGACGCGAUUCGCGACAAGUUCAACAUUUCGGGCGAGAAUUUGGUGAGUGUGGAGAAGAUAUUGGCCUCGCUGCCCACCAGCGAGCAGGUGCUGAGCAAUACGAAGCGCGCCAAGAUGAGCAACUCGAGCAGCUCCUCCACAUCCUCGCAGUCGGGCAACUCGUCGCCGGGCAACGCAUCACACGGUGGCUACAAUGGCAACGCACCACUGUCGCCCAUCAUCUAUGGGCCGAAUGUGAAUCAGGCCACUGUUAAGAGCAUGCACCACGCACCACCGCCACCACCACCGCCCACACAUCUGCAGGCCAUCUCUGUGUCGCAUCCACAUCCGCUAUCGCACUCCCACAAUCACUCGCAUCCCUACCAGCAGUCGAAUGGCAUUGUGGAGUCGGCAGCACCACCCAGCGUCACAGCCGCUGCUGUAAUUGCCGCUGCCGCCAGCACCACCGUGGUGGCGGGCAACACGCCCGCCCCACUCGAUCAGCUCACACGCCCGCCCAUCAGCAAUGGCGCCAACGCCGGCGCCUCCUCCACCGCCACCAAUGCCAUCGCAAAUCUUCAGGUGCUGCAGCAGGCGCUUAAUGGCAAUGUGCGGCCCGAAGAUCUGGACAGUCUGCGCAAGGCUGUGGUGGCGGGUGCUCUCUACAAUGCACCACCACCACCACCGCCCUCAGGUGCCACAAUCUAUGCACCACCACCACCCAACGGCUAUGUGGGCAUCAACAAGGAGGCUGUCAGCUAUCUGCACGGCGUGGAAGCCACCGUCAGCUCCAGUGCUGUGGACGCCGUCUCCUCCUCGUCCGUGAGCUCCGCAGCGGCCAGCGUCUUGAAUUUGUCACGCCGCGCCUGCUCCCCCAGCUACGAGCACAUGCUGUCCUCCACCACCUCCUCCUCCACAUCUGCACAUCACUCUUCCGCCUCUUCAGCGCUAUCCUCGGCCUCCUCGUCGGGCGCAGUUUCUGGCGACGACGACCAGGAGGCAGAUGUCGAUCCCGUAUCUCAUCAUGCGCCGCUGCCGCGCCCACUGGUCCACAAUAGCCCGCCGCACAGCAGCACCGGCUGCGGUAAUGGAAACGGUAGCGAUGCCAACAACUGCUUGCCUCUGAAGCUCCGGCACAAAUCCCAUUUGGGAGACAAGGAUGCGGCCGCCACGGCCCUCCUCUCGCUGCAGCACAUCAAGCAGGAGCCGAGCUGCAAUCGAGCCUCGCCACCCGCUUGGAACGAUGGGGGGGACAAUUCGAGCGACGAACGCGACUCGGGCAUCUCCAUUGCCAGUGCCGAGUGGACGGCGCAGUUCCAGCGCAAGCUGCUGGCGCCCAAGGAUGUGGGCGGAGCCGCUGUCGUGCCCGUCUCAAAUGCCGAACGCGAUCAAAUGCUGAAGACGCAGCUGGAACGUCUCGAAUCGGAGGUGGCGAGCAUCAAGAGCCUAAUGAUCUUGAGCACCGAGUAGAUCCGUCCGUGGACAUUUUCGGGUCACCAGCCCAGAGGAGAGAGAGCGAAGAGACAGACAAAUUGUAAAGGCAGAGACUUUUGGAAUAUUUGAUUGGUUGGUUGGUUGGUUGGUUGGUUGAAUGAAUGGAUGGAUGAAGGGAUGGAUGGUUGAGGAGCGCCAGUUUUCACAAAAACCCUCUUGAUUGCGAGUGUAUACCUCCAAGCUGUAACUAUAACUAUACAAUAUGAUAACUUCAGUCCAAAAUACAUAGUAUAUCGAUCUAGGUACAUAUAUAUACAUACUACUUAUACUUAUAUGUACAAGUAUACUAUAGUGAGUGUUGAGUUUUAUUUUCGUAUACCAUACUCGUCGUAUAUGCUAUUGAAUACUGAUGCAGAUCUCGUCGCACUUGAAGCAAAGGUCCUUAACUAAUUGAUUUAGCGAGUUGGCUCGAUCUUUGAGUAUUGUUUUUAAUUCGUUUAAUAAUCGUAUCUUAUCUACUUGUACAAGUGUAUGAAUAUUGCUUGUUGUUCUCUAAGUUUCCUUAUGCACAUCAGACGUUGAAAUUAGAUAAUUAAGUUCUGAUUACUAUUUAUAUGAAAGCUACCAAGUAUUUGCUAUUCUGUACAUAUUUCGACUACAUACAAGUAUAUCUAAAUACAUGCAUAUAUAUUCCUAUUAUACAUACGAGUACAUACACAGAUCUUUUGUAUAUAUUUGAUCAUAUGAUAUAUAUAUAUAUAUAUAUAUUCUAGGUUAAUUACAAGCUAAGCUUAUUCUACUUACUACUAUUUAACCCAAAACACUACACAACAUUUGUUAUAAGAGAAGCGUAGAGCACAUUCAAGAUGAAACUAAAACACAAAGCGAGUGUUAGACAUUAUUCUGAAGGAUCAGAAGUUAAGAAACUAUAUGCAAUAAAUAUUUUAAAUACUUACAAUUUAA